UAUUAACAAUAAUGAUGUUUCAAUUAUUUAUUAAAAAAAUUUAUUGUAAAAUGGGAGCUUAAUGUUGUUGUUCAUUUCCAUAAAAACAAAUAACAAAUGAAAUAGUUUUAGAUGUGAAAGGGAGUUUGCAUACAUUAUCAAAAAAAAGUGUAAAUAAUGAAUAAUAUGUUGGUUUGGAUAAUGUUAAUGAGAUAAAGGAACAAUAUGAAGAUUUUGAAGUUAUAGCAGACUCUGCAUAAAAUGCAACGCCAAAAGAUGAUUAGAAUGGAUAAUAAUGUAAAGUAUUUGCAUAAUCAGAAAGUAAAGCUGAUAGUAAUAUAUAAUAUUAAUGUAGCGUUGCCUAAGUACGGGAUUAAAAAAAAAUUAACUGUAUCCUCAAUUGGAACAGUAAAGUUAGGAGCUGAUGUUUUUGUGAAUCUUAAGUAAGGAAGUAUUCACAAGUAUUAUACAACUGGAGAAGUUUUAGGUUAAGGAGCCUACGGUAAAGUUUGGAAGGUUACUCAUAAAAAUACAGGUAGUUAAAUUUGAAAAUUUUAGGAAUGAUUAGAGCAAUGAAAUAAUUAAAAAAAAGUUCAUUGAUUGUUGAAGAGUAAUAACGACUAUUUGCAGAAAUGAACAUAUUAAAAAAUUUAGAUCAUCCUCAUAUUGUCAAAUUAUAUGAAUUAUAUUAAGAUUAAUAGAACUACUAUUUAAUAACCGAAUAUUUAUCAGGAGGAGAAUUAUUUGAUCGCAUUAAAUCUAUGACAUAUUUUAGUGAAAAAAAAGCUGCAGAGUUUAUAAGAUAAAUCUUACUUGCAGUUGUUUAUUGUCAUGAAUAAAAAAUUGUUCAUAGAGACUUAAAACCUGAAAAUAUUUUAUUUGUUAAUGAAUCUUCUAAUUCACCAUUAAAAGUAAUAGAUUUUGGAACUUCUAGAAAAUACGAUACAGAAAAGAAAAUGACUAAAAAACUUGGAACUGUAAUUUUUAUAAUUAAAUUAUAGGCCUAUUAUAUAGCGCCUGAAGUUUUAAAAUAAGAUUACAAUGAAAAAUGUGAUGUUUGGUCUUGUGGUGUAAUUUUAUAUAUAUUGUUGUGUGGAUAUCCACCGUUUACAGGAAAAACGGAAAAAGAUAUAAUGCAUAAAGUGAGUGAAGGAAAAUUUAAAUUUGAUUGUAAUUUAUAUUUCAAACUUAGUUUAGAGGAAGAUUGGGGUUUUAUCUCAGAAGAAGCUAAAAAUUUGAUAACAAAAAUGCUUCAAGUAAAUCCAAAUUAAAGAAUUUCAGCAAAAUAAGCAUUACAUGAUCCUUGGAUUGAUAAACACAAUUUAAAUGAAAAAGUAAAUUAAAUAGUUUUACAAAAUUUGCAAAAAUUCCAAGUUACAUUUUUUUAUAUUUUAUAUCUUAUUAGGCUAAAUCUAUUUUUACUUAGGCAGUUCUUUCUUAUAUUGCAUGUUAAAUGACAUCUUAAUAAGAAUAAGAUGAAUUAGUUAAAACAUUCUAAACAUUGGAUUAAGAUAAAAAUGGUAUAUUAUCAAAAGAUGAAUUGAUUGAAGGAUAUGCAUUAGUAUUAAAAGAUAAAGAAUUAGCAAUUAAAGAAGUCAACAAGAUUCUUUAGAUUGUAGAUUUAAAUUAAAGUGGAUAAGUAGAUUUCUCAGGUAAAUUUAAAUUAUUAUAUUAUAGAAUUUUUGAUGGCAGCAAUGAAUUAAGAAAAACUUGUUUCUUUAGAAAAAGUAAAAGCAGCAUUUAAGAUAUUUGAUGCAAAUGAUGAUGGCAAAAUAUCAAAAGAAGAAUUAGAACUUAUGAUUGGUAGUAUAGAUGAAGAACUGUGGUAAUAAAUUCUAACAGAAUGUAAGGCAGAAGGAGAAAUUACAGAAAAAGAAUUUAUUGAAAUACUACUCAAUUAGAAGCUUUGA